AUGGCGCAACAAGAAAACAAAAAGUUGGAGGACCCUACCGCCUAUAUAUGUCCCGAGUGCCGAGACGACAUGCUCGAUUAUGAGAAAAUUCUAGAAGAGCUAACAAAACAGAAGAUUCAUAGAACUCAAGUUUUUUUCAAGCUCCUAAAGCUGGUUAAAAAAGAACAAUUAAAAGCCGCGACGGAGUUGUUGAUGAUGGCAAAAAGAAAGAAUGAUGAUGUGGAGGAAGAGGAUAGUAUCUCGGAUGACCAAUUAAAUCAACAUUAUGAUGAACUUGAAAAACAACAGUAUGGUGGAGAAAUAUCUGACGAUCAACUCAAUGAAUUGUAUGAUAAAUUGGACCAACAACAAUUGGAUGCCCUCAAUAUAGACUUGGGUGUGGAACAAUCAGGUGGUGCUCUCUUUAACUUUGAAUUUCAAAAUGCUGGAUUCCCAAAAAAUUGGAAAAAGACAGCGGAUAAACAAAGAUACGAGGCCACCCUCAAGCAGACACGAACUCCAUCCCAAGACGAUAAUAUCGGAAAAGAAAUUACAAAUGCGUUAGCGAGACGAAUUGUGUUGUGCAAGAUCCAUAAAGAUGAGGGGAAUCGACAGAAAAUCGUUUACGAAAAUGCAAAAAAAUGUGACACUGUUCGAUCACGAAUGGCCCAUCAACUCCAUGAAGAUGCGGGCGUACCUUUGGGGGCAUGCGGGCACCAAGAAUUGAAAAAAUUUCAAGACUUCCUAGCACCAGACUAUCAAUUAAAAGUGAUGGCAACUUCCUACCCCUACAUGAUGGUAUUUGUAGGCCCAGAAGCACCGCAUAUUAUCCGCCUCUUGCUCCAGAAACACGAUGACUCUGAGACUGGUCACUAUGACACUUGCACAUCUUACGCUGGUUUUCUAGAACGAUCCUAUUUUUGUGAUCAGUGCAACAAGGGAUUUGAUCAUAAUGACUUCAGACAUCAUCCAUGUGAGGGUCGAAGAUGUCAUGCAUGCAAACAAGUAGAAUGUGGCGCAAAACCUGAUUAUGCCUUGCGUGAAGUACCCUGUUCUUCUUGUUGCCGAAAGUUUUACAGUCAGACGUGUUAUGACAUGCAUAAAGAGAAAAAGAUCUGCGACAGCCUUGUUCAAUGCCCUAUGUGUCGUAAGGAGUUUCAAACCUUAGCGUCAAAAGAACCUCACCAAUGCUACUUUGACAAAUGCUCUGUAUGCCAUGAAUAUGUAAAACUUACAGAACACAAAUGCUUUAUUCAACCUGUGGCAACCAAAGAAGAUCAAAGAAAGAAAAAAACCAAAGCAACCCUGAAACGCCAUAGAAAAAAAAAUCCCUUGGCUUCGGUGUAUGAAGAACCUCCCAUCUUCGUCUAUGCUGAUUUUGAAUCUAUGAUAGCGGAAGAUAACACACACAUCCCCGUAUUGGUCUGCGCCCUCACCUCUGAAGAUGAUACCUUCGAAACCUACUACGGGGAGAAUUGCACGGCCGACUUUCUGAACUUUCUCACCCAGCUCACAGAGGACGAAUAUGGCGACCCACGCGAGGUGAUAUGCAUUUUCCAUAAUUUAAAGGGGUACGAUUCUAUGUUUCUACAGCAUCAGUUGGUAAAGGAAGAAAGAAAGAUCGAGGACAUCAUCGCCAUAGGCACUAAAUGGUUAUCCUUCAAAGUGGGUCAAAUCACAUUCAAAGAUUCGUUCAGCUUCCUCCCGAUGUCACUCUCAGCCUUUACCAGUACCUUUGGUCUCACGGAACUCAAGAAAGGUUUCUUUCCUCACCUGUUCCACACACCUGACCAUCAAGAUUAUGUGGGAGCCCUGCCAGCAGCCUCCUAUUACGACCCAGAAAGUAUGUCCAAUUCGAAAAAAAAAGAAUUUCAACUCUGGUACGAAGAACAAGUGAAAAAGCAAGACCCAUUUGAUCUCAAGCAAGAACUCAUAGCCUACUGCCAAUCAGAUGUCGCCCUUCUUAAAGCCGGCUGUCUUAAAUUUGUGAAUGAAUUCCAGUCCACGUCUGGGUUUGAUCCGAUGGAAAAAUGUGCCACGAUUGCGUCAGCAUGUAACAGAUAUUGGCGUAAAAAACAUCUUUCCAAGGACACUGUGGCCGUUGAACCUGUAAGAGGAUGGCGUGGGGCACAAGUCAAUCAAUCAGAAGUUGCGUUAGAAUGGUUGAUGUGGCAGGAACAUCAGCUUGAAUCAGACAGCCCACGUAUCCAACAUGUUCGUAAUGGUGGGGAGAAGUUGAUACCCGCAGGGCCCGAGGCAUACCAUGUCGAUGGUUUUGAUAGCCACACAAACACUGUGUAUGAAUUUCAUGGCUGUUUGUUUCACGGGUGCAGACGUUGUCAUAAAGACCGCAAGAAAAUGGCGUUUUCAUCAGGCAGCUACACGAUGGAAGCCUUGUGUCAGCAGACGGAAGGCAAAUGUCAGACACUCCGACAGAUGGGGUAUAAAGUGGUUCAAAUCUGGGAAUGUCAAUGGAAGGAGCAGAAAAAGGCCUCAAAGGAAAUUCAAGAUUUUCUCAAGGAAAUCAAUCUUGUACCACAGCUCAAUCCGAGAGAUGCGUUCUUUGGAGGUCGAACUGGGGCGGCGUCGCUUUAUUACAAGGCCAACACAGAUGAAGGCGAGCAAAUCAGAUACGUCGACGUCACCUCAGAAUAUCCCUAUGUAAACAAAUACGGCACCUACCCCAUAGGUCACCCCGAAAUCUUUUUGGAACCAGACGACCAAGAUCCAGCCUCCUACUACGGUAUAUUGGCAGUGGACAUUUUACCGCCUUAUAAUUUAUACAAUCCCGUAUUGCCUCUUCGACAUGGAAAAAAACUGACGUUUCCAUUAUGUCGAAAAUGUGUGGAAGAUGAAAGUGCCAAACCGAUGUUGGGAAGAAAUUAUUAUUGUAGUCAUGGUGUGGAGGAUCGCAUGCUCACCGGUACUUGGUGUACACCCGAAAUCAUGAAAGCUGUCGAAAAAGGGUAUCAGGUUCUUCGCAUACACGAAGCAUGGCAUUUCCCACCAGACCAAAGAAAGCAAGGUCUGUUUGCCCCGUACGUAGACACCUGGUUGAAGAUAAAACAAGAAAGUAGUGGUUACCCCAGCUGGGCACAAACGGACGCGCAAAAAGAAGAUUAUGUUAAAAAUUACAAGGCAAGAGAAGGGAUAGACUUAGACCCCCAGCACAUCAAGAAAAAUCCAGGAAGAAAGGCCACUGCCAAACUGAUGCUGAACUCCUUUUGGGGAAAGUUUGGCGAACAAAUGAACAAGAUGAAAACGAAGCAAAUCACAGAACCACACGAGCUGAUUGAUCAUUUAAAUGACACAACGAUUGAAAUAUCAGACGUACGCAUUUUGAGUGCUGAUGUGAUUGAAUUGGCGUAUAAGAAGAUAGAAGAGGAUGCAGUAAAGGGGUCCAAGACCAACAUAUUCAUAGCAGCAUUUACCACCUGUCAGGCCCGUCUUAAGCUUUAUGAAUCUUUGGAGGCGUUGGGCGAUCGAGUCUUGUAUUAUGAUACAGACUCGGUCAUUUACACGUGGAAGCCAGGUCAAACAGAAAUUCCCUUAGGUGAUUACCUUGGCGAUAUGACCAAUGAAUUGGAUGAAGGGGAUUACAUCGUGGAAUUUGUGUCAGGGGGUGCCAAGAACUAUGGGUAUGCGACGAAACAUGGGAAAAUCGUGUGUAAAGUUCGUGGCUUUUCCCUAAACGUGCGUGGUGCCAAACAGCUUAAUUAUCAGGUCAUGAGGCAAAAUAUUUUGGAUGAAAUUUUAGACCCGCAGGACGAAAGAAGAGACACUGACAUUGUGAACCCGAGACAUUUUAGGCGUGAUCCAAUUGCCAAGAAGAUUAAGACAGAAACACAAGUCAAAAAAUAUGGUUUGGUAUUCGACAAGCGGGUACUUCAUGUAGGAACAUUUAAAUCGUGA